ACGUAAAUUUUGUUUAAUUUAAAAAAUGACAGAAAAUAGUAAUAAAAAGAGUGAACUUCACAAAAUUGCUGAUAAGUUAACAGAAGAUAUUCAAUGUAUGACAAAUUAUAAAAAUCUGUAUAAUGAAAUUCAGCGGCUUGUGGCGUCUUCAUCAGUAAAGAAAGAAGACUUUAAAAGUACAUUAUUCAAAGCAUUAAACGAUGAAGGUUUGGAAACUGAACUAAGAAAUACUGUGUUUCAUUGGACAAGAUCACAAAAAUUUAUGAAAGAUGAUAAUGAUAAUCGAGCAGAUUUGAGUUAUUUAAAAAAAGCACAAAUUCAAUGGGAAAGAAGAAUUCAAAAAUCUCUUAAUUCUAUAUGCAAUGAAUUAAAUGUACCAUUAGCUAGAAUUCGACCAAAUUCUGAUAGAGAUGAAUUGUCUGAAAAAUGGAAUGAAUUAAGUACAUGCGACUUUGCUGAUUUAUCCCAAUACAGGCCAUUAUAUGCGCCAAAAGAUUUUUUAGAAGUUCUUUUUUCUGUUAGAGACCCAUCAUUUAAAAAACAAGUGAAUGAGCCAAAUUGGGAAUUUAGUCAUAUUGAAAUUCGAGUAAAAACAUUAGCUCAAUUGAGAGAUAUGUAUAAAGAACUUUCUCAAGGCGUUACUUUACUUGGUGUUAAUGGAAAUAUUCCGUCUUUACAAAAUUAUCCUAAUUUGGAAAAUGAAAGAGUACAUGUCGGUGCAAAAGUAUUGAUGUCUAAUCAUGCUCCCGUAGCUCAAGAAUUUUUAAAACGUGGUGCGCCUAGAGCAUUGAGAGGAAAGCUAUGGUCCCUUGUUUUAGGAUCUAUUGUCAAACAAAAUGAUAUUGAAUAUUAUGAAGAAUUAAAAGAAAUGGUUUUACAAUAUGAUAUAAUGGUUGAUAAAUUGAUAAUCAAGGAUGUUCAACUAACGGCUAGUAACGAUGAUCAAUAUUUUGUUUUUGAAGAUGUUUUAUAUAAAACUAUGCUAAGUUUUUCAAGGGAUUCGGAAGUGCUCGCUCCAGUAACAAUGGAUAAAAGUGCAGGUGGACAAGUUAUUCACGCAGUUCUACAAGGCAAACCUACCACCCUAGAGAAUACAUUAGUUUUUCCUCCAAGCGGCGUCAUUCCAUUCCAUGGCUUCACCAUGUAUGGUAUGAUACUUGAGAUAAAAUAUUUUUAUUUCUUUUCUACAUUUGAAUUGUAUGUUUUUGCAGCGACACCCUUUUGCUACUUAUACGAUGAUCCAUGUACUAUGUAUUAUACAUUCAGAGCAUUCUAUUUGAGAUAUUGGUUUCGCCUUCAUACGGUAUCGAGUCACGAACAAGGUAUCGUUGCUCUGUGCCUAUUAUUUGAACGACUGUUACAGUGUCACGAACCACAGUUAUGGGCGCAUUUUAGAAAUUUACACAUUCAACCCAUUAAGAUUGUUUUUAAGUGGUUAAUGCGAGGUUUUAGCGGUCAUCUUCCACCGGAGCAAUUGUUGUAUUUGUGGGAUUUGAUUUUGGGAUACGAUUCGUUAGAAAUAGUACCUCUACUUGCCGUUACUAUUCUUAGCUUUCGUAAAGAUAAUCUUAUGCAAGUAAAUAAUUUACACACUAUCGAGGCUGUAUUGGCUGAUUUGUCAUCGUUAAAAGUUAUGCCGUUAUUGCAAUUAAGUCUAUUAGAAAAUUGAAAGUGUAAAUGUCGA